CGGUAGUUCCAAUUCUUUGCAUCAUGAUCUCUCAUGAAGAAGCUGACACUGAAGAAACAGUAACUUGUCUCCACCUGACCUUUUACCAUCCUUGCCAAGAAGACAAGAUGAUGUUUCGGUGCUUGAAUUUCUGUAAGAGAGAACGGGUCAGGGCAGAUGAGGUGGCCAAGUUUGGCCGUGACUCUAACAUCUGCCACUACAACUUACUGGACACUCGCGUUUCUCGGAUUCAGUUUUCACUGCAGUUCUACAGGAAACUCAACAGCUCAGAAUCUUCUUUUGAGAUAAAGAACAUGAGCAAGAAAACGAAACUGAUUGUGGACAAAACAGAACUGUGGUACUUAAACAAAAUUGACCUGCCCUGGAAGUGCAUCAUUUGUUUUGGGGACUACCAGAUCUUAGCAGAGAUUCAAGAAGGGGAGGCCACAGAUUAUUUUGAGACUCACUUACACUUGGCUCAAGUGCCAAUCUUACAAGAAAGAUGCCUGCCAUCACUGCAGCCUAUACCAGAGAAUGGCUUUUCUUCUUCUGCCUUUGCGUCCCAAGGCAAAAACCCCAUAGAGAUUGAUGAAAAUGAGUCCUGCUAGCAGGGAGGAGGCUGCAUCAGAUCUGGGUCAUCUGAAGACCACUCAGCUUCCCAAACUGAAAGCUGCCAUCUCAGUCCACUGUUCUUGAUAGUUCUCACCACUGCACAGCAGUCUUCUUCCUUGCUGUUCUCAGCAGAGCCAUACCAGAACAUACUUUUUCAACAGACUCCAGCCAGUCUUCACCAGGACAUGCAAUGCUCUCCAAUCCCCACCAUUUGCCUCAAACAUCUGGGAAACAGAAGGUCAC